AUGAACUUUGAUCUACAGAUAAGCCUUUUAGAUGCAUAUCAUGUUUUGGAAGCUCCAGGAAAGAAAGAAAUUUAUAGUCAUUUCAAUUCCAUUAUUCAGAAUACUGACAUCUUGGAUGAUGCAAUUUUCCAAAGGUUGAUUUAUUAUGCUUCAAAGGACAUGAGAGACACAAUGUAAAAAUCAGAAUGCUUGCUAGCUGGUGAGCCUUUGGUGUCUCUUGCUGCGCAUGAUUUCAAGUCCGUGAUGUAUGACGUCCAGAGUAACUUCAGGAUCAUGGAGCUGCCAGAUGAAUUCACUGUGCUUGCCCUGGCUGAGCUGGCAACCAGCUGCUUGUCCCAGAGUAUUUCCUUCAUGAUGAUGACCCUGCUCACCAUGCAAGCCAUGCUCAGGCUGGCAGAGGAGGAAAGGAUGAAGGGAGCUUUCUCUAUUGUGAAGACUUUGGCCAUCAUUAAGGCCCAUGGCCCCACCGUGAGCCUGCUGCUACACAGGGAAGACCUCUGUGAAUAUGCCCUGGGCCAGUUACCCUGGCUCCUGAACCAGUACAAAGACAAAGAGAUUGAUUUCCAUGUCACUCAGAGUCUAAAACAAAUACUGACUGCAGUAGUUCUUUAUGAUAUUGACCUUCCAAAGGGCUUGAGAAAGGCCAUCUUUAUCAAUUUAUUCCACCAGGUGUGCAGUGUUCCAGAGCCUCCUGUAAAGGAAAAUGUGAUUGAAGCUUCAAGGUGUUUCCUCAUUCUAGCCCAUUCUAACCCUUCAGACCUGAUGGAAUUUUUUGAUGGACAAAUUAGAAAUAAUAAUGAAGCCUUUCAAGUGGGAAUCUUGACUUUGCUAAGAUUGGCCAUCAGUGUUGAGGGCCUCUCAAUUUCUCCCUCUGUCAAAGUCAUCAUGGGUGACCUCAGUGCAAAAGUAAGGAAUUCCACCCUCCUUCUCAUCCAAACCAUGUGCGGAAAAUGCUGCACUGAAGCGCAGGAAGGAUGGCCACUAUACGUCUUCUCCCAGUUCGCCAUGGCCAACAGCAACCUGGAGAAACCAGUGAAACCUAACUCCCAGGAGGAUGAAAAGGGAGAGAUAUCUGUCCGAGAAACAAGCCUCGAGGUCUUAAAAACCCUGGACCCACUGGUCAUUGGAAUGCCUCAGGUGUUAUGGCCAAUUCUGACUUUUGUGGUACCUGUGGAAUAUACAGGAACUCUGAACUACCUGUUUAAUAUUAUCAGAAUUCUGAUUAUGGCAGAAGAGAGGAAGAAGAAUGCCAAGGAGUCUACAGCACUUGUUAUCUCUACAGGAGCUGUGAAACUUCCUUCACCGCAACAGCUACUGGCCAGACUUCUGGUAAUAUCUAUGCUCGCCAGUGUAGGGAAAUUACAUGGGGCUAGUGCAAUAGGACUUUUGAAGACAUUGCCUGAGAUAAUUCACCCCAAACUGGUAGACCUAUGGCAAACCUUACCCGAGCUCCUGCAGCCUCUGGAAGGAAUGAAUGCUAAUAUCGUGCUACGGGAAACCAUGCUGCUUCAGUUGCUCAAAGAGUCUUUAUGGAAAAUCAACGACAUAGCCUGGACCAUUCAACUGAGUCGAGAUUUCAAUCAGCAAAUGGGCAGCUACAGCAACACCUCCGUUGAAAAGAAAUUUCUUUGGAAAACCUUGGGAACCACCUUAGCAUCCUGCCCAGAUAUAAACUUUGUAAGCUCACAGAUUAAGGAAUUUCUGAAUGCUCCCAGCCAACUGCAGGAUCAACGACAGGGAACGUAUAUUUUAGGAUACUGGGCUGAGAACCACUUGGAUACUGUUUUAAAAGUUCUUAAAACAUUCCAAGAUAAGGAAAAGUUUUUCAUGAAUCAAUGUAGGGGUAUUUUUUCUGGAAAAAAGAGCCUGACUAAAACUGACAUCAUAGUAAUCUACAGAGCCGUGGCCCUCCAUGCUCCCAAGAGCCAACUCCUUGCCAGGCUUGAUCAAGACAUUGUAUUCCAAGUCCUGUCUCUUUAAGGCCGGAGCUCUCAGGUUCUGCGCAUGUCUGUGAUGAACAAGGACAUGGAUCUGCAAAACACAAAAAGUGUCACUGAGAUCGGCAUUGCUGUACAAGACGCUGAGGAUCAGAGGUUCACGUUUUCCUCCGAGGAGGUGCUGCUGGGUUACAUGCUGAACUUCAUCCGGGACGAGCCCCUGGAUUCCUUAGCUAGCCCCAUUCGGUGGAAAGCCUUAAUUGCCAUCAGAUACCUCAGCAAAUUGAAACCCCAGCCCUCACUAAAUGACCAUCUUAAUAUUCUUGAAGAGUCUAUCCGGAGGCUGCUGCCCCUCCCACCUCUAGAAAAACUCAAAAAUGAGGGCGAGACGGACAAGGACAAGAAGCACAUUAGCUUUCUCUAUGAACGAUCCAUGGACGCCCUGGGAAAGCUGCUGAGGACCGUGAUGUGGGACAACGUGAAAGCAGACUGUCAGGAAAUGUUUAAUCUUUUCCGAAUGUGGCUUGUUUCACAAAAAGAGUAGGAAAGAGAAAGAGCCUUCCAGAUCACUGCCAAAGUGCUGGCGAAUGAUGCUGAGACACCAGAGAACUUUAAAAUCGGCUCCAUCCUCGGCCUCUUGGCCCCUCACUCCUGCGACACUCUGCCCACCAUCCGUCAGACAGCUGCGAGCUCAGCUCUCGGUCUGUUCUGUAUAAUAGGCAUUUGGCUAGAAGUGGAAAGGCUGCAUUGUUUGCAGGAAGGGCUGCAAUAUGCUAAUGAGCAGGUCCACAUCAAGAUUUCUUCUAAAAUAGCAAAGAUUGUCAGUAAACUCAUCCCCAGUGAAGAAAUUCUAAUGUUCCUGGAGGAAACCCUGGAUGGUCUGGGGAGCCUCAACCCCAAGUGUGCAAAGGCCUGUGGCAUAUGGAUGAUCACAGCCCUUAAGGAGCAGGGAGCUGCUUUGGAACAUCAGCUGUUGGAGGUCUUGAGCAUAAUCUACCAUCACAUGCCAGUCCUCAGACAAAAGGAGGAAAGUUUUCAGUGUAUGCUGGGAGCUAUCUCCCAGAUAGCCAGCUUUCACAUGGAUGCAGUUGUGGCCAACUUCUUACAAAAGCCACUGCCCUUUGACAGGGACACAAAGACACUGUGGAAGUCUCUGGCUGAGAAUCCAGCCUCCAGUGGCAAGCUCCUGCGAGCCUUAAUAAACAAACUUGAGAAUGAACUAGAAGAUGACCUAGCUGGGCUGGAUACAAUUUCUGUGGCCUGUGCUGUAUAUGAAGUGGUAUUGGGCACCUCUGUCACAAGCUUGUACCCGGAGCUCUUUACUCUUCUCCUGAAGCUAGUCAGCUGCACACUGGGCCAGAAGAUGCCCACUUCUACCUGGAGCCACAGGCAGCUGGUGAUGCACGGGGAGAGGCUGCAGAUUGCAGACCCCUGCAGGCUCUCCACUGCAGCUCUGAGGUGCGUGCAAGUGCAGGCCGUGAAGGAAGGCCUUGCAAGAGAAUCUGGGGGGGACAAUGUAUGGACCCUACUCAGCCAUCCUAGCACCCACCACAUAGGGGUGUGUGCACUGGCCAGAACCACGGCGGUGUGGAGACAUGGAAUCGUCCUGGACAUCAUGGAGCAACUGCUCGCAUCUCUCAGCUCCUCCUCAGAGAGAUACCGGAUAACCGGCACAGCUUUCUUCUCCGAGCUCAUGAAGGAGCCAGUCCUUUGCAAGCACGGGAACCUCCGCGAUGUGCUGGUCUUGAUGGAUCUGAGUGCCUGGGACUCCAGUGCCACUUUGAGGCAAAUGGCCAUCCGAGGGCUCGGUAAUACAGCUCCUGGAGCCCCUCAUAAGGUGAAGAAGCACAAGCAGAUAAUUUUAGAAUCUGUCAUCAGAGGCCUGUAUCACCUGGCGCGGACUGAAGUUGUCUGUGGCUUGAAGACUCUCAGAAAGAUCCUGGAGCUGCUCACAGAUCAAGAUGUGGGCUUCUGCUUCAAAGAAAUAGUGCUGCAAACAAGAACUUUCUUUGAAGAUGAGCAGGAUGAUGUGAGACUGACUGCCAUCUUCUUAUUUGGGAAUCUGGCAUCCCUAACAGGAAGAAAGUGGAAGGUUUUUUUUGCUGAAGAAAUAAAAAGGAGCAUGAUUUCAUUCCUUCUCCACCUCUGGGAUCCCAAUCCCAUGAUUGGAACUGCUUGCCGUGAUGUCCUGAGUGUCUGCAUUCCUUUUCUGGGCGUCCAGGAACUCUAUGGGGUAUUAGAUCAUUUCCUUGAUGGUCAGGAUCUACCAAGGGCCAGGGAUUUCUAUAGGCAAUUCUGUAUGAAACUGGCAAAGAAAAACCAGGAAAUUCUGUGGAUCCUCCACACGCACUCAUUCACCUUCUUCAGCAGCAGCUGGGAGACUGUCAGGAGUGCAGCCGUCAAGCUCACAGAUGCCAUUGUUCUCAAUCUGACCGGCCAAUAUGUGGAGCUAUUAGACAGAGAACAACUGACCACAUGACUUCAAGCCCUUCAGCAAGACCCCUGUGUCAGUGUCCAGGGAGCAGCUGAAGCUUCCUUGCAGACCCUCCUGAGAAGGUGUAAAUAAGCACCCUUCCGUAAACUAUCAGGUAAUAAACUGCUGGGCUUUUUAUAUUACUGAUUGCUGUCUUCAUCCU